GUCGAUCCUUCCUUGGUUGUGGCCUUAUUGCGCGGUCGCUGAUUUUGUUGUCCUUGCAUGCGGCUCUGAAGCAGCUGUCGACUAUCCAGGAUUUCGCGGACAGCUUGCCGGAGCUCGUGAAAUUGAAGAGGCCAUUUCCGUCGAUGGUGGCCCGUGAUCGUGAACAAACCUUGCAGCUUCCAGAUGAAAUCGCGCAGACACAAGACAAGAGCCUCAGGUGUAUUUGGGAGGGUCUGUAUGCCUGGAUGGAUGACGACGUUGUCGUGCACCUGGCGUCGCGCUUGCGACCGUACUGCAUGCAUGACGACAGGAAUGUGGCACAACAUGCUCGACACUUGAGUUGCAAUUUCGCUCAGUGCUUGUGCAGAGCAUCCAGCAAACGCCGAAGACAUGCUUUUGCUAAAGACAUCGCAUACUGGCUUGAGCACGGGACCCUCCCGGACCAAAUACGAGCUUGCCAAGAACUACAGGAGAUGUUCAUUGCUGGACGCGGGUUGGGCCGAUUUGAAGCGAAGCUCCUGUGA